CAUUGUGUUUGCGGUUUGAAGUUAUUUGAUCGUGUUUGAUUGCUGCUUGGUCAAGGAUAUAAUUCGUUAAUUUAAUAUUAGUUAUUCCUGAAUCAAGAUAAAAUUUUUUUGCAAUUAAAAUGCACUGUACAAAUCAUUGAAAAUGCUUUAAGUUAUUCUUCUAUGAAAACUGGAAAACAAUUGAGGUUAGAAUGUGAAGAGUACAUACGCAAGGACCCAACAAUAACUGUAACAUUUGCCAGAAUCAUUUCAGUUUGCUCGAAUAUCGUCUUGAAAUCCUAAUUUCAAAUGUAGCUUAAGCCGACAAAGUUAUUAAUUUAUGCUUUAUGUUACACGAGUAUAUAAAAUAAUGACAUGACAAGAUUAUUUAAUGAAAGAAAGUUCUCAUAUUAUUAUGCUAAUAUAAAACUACUAAACUACUCUUUUUAUGAGGUUAUUAUUUUGAAAUAAAUUAGUAUUGUAUAAUCCUGGUGUGAAGUAUGACAAUUCUUAGCCAAUGUUAAUAGUAUGAAGCUGUAUACAUGCUUGCAACAUGUCUUCUUAUUAUCGUUACUUUGUAUUCUUCUUGGAUCAAGCCAUAACUGGUUAAGCAGUUUUGAAAAACAUAUCGAUAGUGAUUAUGUUACAAAAUCUUCACUGUACAACACACUCAAAUCUUCAGAAAUUUCUGAUUGCAAUAAACAAGAAGUUGAAAUUACAUUUUCCUCUAACAUAGUUGAGAAUGAGUAUAUAGUCAAAUUUAAAGGUUAUUACAAGUCACAAGUACGAGAAAAUUAUAUAGCAACUGUGUUAAACUCAUCUGGCAUUAAAGAGUGGAAAAUUAUACCUCGAAAGAAUAUAGCAUCCAAGUAUCCUAGUGACUUUGAUGUUGUUCAGUUAAAAGAAACAGAUAAAUAUCAAGGGCUAAAAGCUCUAAACAACCAUCCUCUUAUAAAGACAGUUACACCACAGAGACUUGUACAUAGGACCUUAAAAUUUAUAAACACAACAAAUGAUUCUGAUGUCUUACAAUAUAAAAAUUUGAAAAGAAAGGUCAAUAAUCAUAAUCAAUCAACAAAUCGUCAUACUUCUCGAAGAUUGUUAAGAGCUAUACCUAGACAAAUUACAUAUAUACUUGAAGCUGAUACAUUAUGGAAAAUGGGCAUUACUGGAAAAGAUAUAAAAGUAGCAAUAUUUGAUACUGGACUUGCUGCUAAUCAUCCACAUUUUAAGAACAUCAAAGAGAGAAUAAAUUGGACGAAUGAAAAUACCCAGGAGGAUGGCUUGGGUCAUGGCACAUUUGUAACAGGUGUUAUUGCAUCAUCUUCUAAGGAUUGUUUGGGCUUUGCUCCAGAUGCAGAACUUUAUAUUUUUCGCGUUUUUACGAAUACUCAGGUAUCUUAUACAUCAUGGUUUUUGGAUGCAUUCAAUCAUGCUAUACUUCGCGGAGUGACAGUGUUAAAUUUAAGCAUUGGUGGUCCAGACUUCAUGGAUCAACCAUUUGUUGAUAAAGUGUGGGAGGUUACAGCUAAUGGUAUCAUUAUGGUAUCGGCAAUUGGCAAUGAUGGACCUUUAUACGGCACUUUAAAUAAUCCCGCCGAUCAAAUGGAUGUGAUUGGUAUUGGAGGCAUUAAUUGGGAUGAUCAAAUAGCGAGAUUCUCCUCGCGUGGUAUGACCACUUGGGAAUUACCAUCUGGAUACGGUAGAGUUAAACCUGACCUGGUCAUAUAUGGAUCAGGGGUUAGAGGUUCUGCUUUACAGAAUGGGUGUAGAACUCUUUCCGGUACUUCUGUUGCUAGUCCUGUUGUAGCUGGUGCGGUUGCGCUUCUGGCUAGUGCAUUUGUGCAAACAAAUAAAUCUAGAAUUAUUAAAGAAAAGGUAACACCAGCCAGUAUGAAACAAGCAUUACUGAGUUCAGCCCGUCGCUUACCCGGGAUUGGAAUGUUUGAACAAGGUGCGGGAAAAUUAGAUCUUCUGCGAGCGUUUCACUUUUUACAAUCGUAUACUCCUGUCGUUACACUCAGUCCAAGCUAUAUAGAUUUGACGGAAUGUCAAUACAUGUGGCCGUAUUGUACUCAAGCUAUGUAUCAUACUGGUAUGCCCACGAUAGUUAAUGUAACUAUAAUAAACGGUUUGGGUGUAGCUGGAAAUGUAGUAAAUUAUACAUGGCAUCCAUACACUGGUAAUGGUAAUGGUGAGCGCAUUGACGUGUCAAUAACACAUAGUGAUAUUUUGUGGCCAUGGUCAGGCUGGUUAGCAAUUGCUAUAACGGUUCCAUCAACAUCUCACGACUGGCAGGGCAUCGCACAAGGCCAUAUUUCAAUCACGGUUGAAAGUGAUGGAGCAGGUAAGCCGCGACAAUCGAUAGUGAAACUCCCAUUGCAGGCAAAAGUCAUACCUACACCGCCCAGACAUAAGCGUAUUUUGUGGGAUCAAUAUCAUAACUUGCGAUAUCCACCCGGAUAUUUCCCCAGAGAUGAUUUGCGUGUAAAAAACGAUCCAUUGGAUUGGAAUGGGGAUCAUAUACAUACUAAUUUUAAAGAUAUGUAUCAACAUUUACGCAAUGCCGGAUAUUAUCUUGAAGUGCUUGGUCACCCAUUCACUUGUUUUAAUGCAAAGAAUUACGGGACUUUGCUCAUCGUAGAUACAGAAGAGGAAUUUUUUCCUGAAGAAGUGGCAAAGUUAAAACAAGAUGUAGAAGAUGAUGGUCUAUCAGUAAUUGUAUUUGCAGACUGGUACAAUAUGGCGGUUAUGCGAAAAAUCAAAUUUUACGACGAGAAUACUCGUCGAUGGUGGAUCCCAGAGACCGGAGGCGCUAAUAUUCCAGCUAUAAACGAUUUGCUUUAUCCCAAUUGGGGCGUUGCAUUUAGCGAUGAAGUACGAAAUGGUCAGUUCACCCUUGGCCAACAUGCACCAGUCACAUUUGCAUCUGGCACUACACUAAUUAGAUUUCCAAAAGAUGGAAUCGUUCUAUAUGCAGAGUUGUACGACCAAGGUCGAGAGCUUUUGGAAAAAGAAUUAGGAAUAUCUACACUUGUACCGAUUCUUGGACUUUUACAAGUAACUAGCGAGCAAGAUGCUGAAGCAGCGUAUAAUAGUGAAACUGAUAAUAGAGCACAAUUGCACAAGAAUGACGAAAAGAAUUACGUUCAAGAACAUACCAAGCAUGGUAGACUCGUCGUUUACGGAGAUUCAAAUUGUAUCGAUGACAGCCAUUUACAAAAGCCCUGUUUUUGGAUGCUCGAUGCUCUCUUAGAAUACACGACAACAGGUAACAUACCUACUGUUUUUAUGGAUGAAAAUAAAAAAAAACACAAGACUGUUAAAACGACUAGUAAAAUAGAAAUCGGAAAAUUGCCAUAUCGAAUGGAGGGAAAUUAUUUUAGUCGUUACAGUAAAGUAUUAAUGGCUGACGAACCAGCAAGCAGCUUUAGAUCUCUUCCAUUAUGUCCUUCCCUUACUUAUGCUAUACCAGUGCCGAUCAAUGAAUCUAUACCAAUAGAUCAUUACAAGCCCCACAAGUUACUCCCAGUAGAAGAGACCAUAAGCAUAGUAAAUUCAGCAUUGCAGAAUACAGACACCUUGUGGCUCAAAAGACGAGUUGGUGGUGCUAGUAUUUCUACAUUGCAAUAUUUGAACAUUGAUAUCAUGGCUUAUGAUGCUAAAGAAAAUCAAGAAGACAACCAAAUAACCCGAUAUGGAUGGAGUUAUAUAAUAGUAAUAAUUAUAAUAAUUAUAGCUAUUGGAUAUCUGUUGAAACAGUGCAAGUAUAUCGUGUCGAAGAGACAUUCUUGUAAGAAGCGUAUUAUCGGCAGAAUACGUAGAGUUAUUCAAGCUGUCGCUGUGCGAAGAAUACCUACACAGAUGUAGUUUGAUAAUUUUGUAAGAACAUUAUAUUGUAUAUAAAACAUAUCAAUAUAAAUUUUUUUAUUAAAUAUGUUAAUUAUCUAUAUAAACAAUUACAAACAUUUACUUAUCUAAUGCUAAAUAAUGAAUGCAAAUUACAUUAUGUGCUUUUAAAACGUGCUAUUCAAUGUUCAAUGUGAAUUUGUAUAAAUAAUAUAAAUUAUUUUGAUAAAAAUUGCACGUUAUUUACUAGCUUUAUUUUUAUUAAUACAA